CUGUGAAGACGUGAUAGUCAGUCUGAAGACUUUAUUUUGAAGGGUCGUAACCCGCGGCCCCUGCGCGCUCCGCGGCCCCUGCGCGCUGCGCUCCGCGGCUCGGACACUCCGCGCUGCGAGGACCACCGUCCGGGCUGCGAGGACCACCGUCCGGGCCAGUCGCGAGUCUCAUGUCAUCACUGACACAACAGUGUCUCGCAUCUGGGCCCCGGUCCUCGGCCGCUCUCAAAGGAAGAUUCGCGAGGAGGAGGAGGGUCGCUCCGGGGGCGCAGCAGCAGCAGCAGGAUGCGGACAGCGACCGUCAGCUGUGCAGGUGUCCCAUAUUGUCCCUGUCCGGCAGGAGUCGCACGGUUCGCCGGAUUCUGACAGCCUGCCUGCUCUCUUUCCUGGCCCUGCUCGGCUCCGUCUCCGUCGACCUCAGCUCCAACUUUGAAUUGCUGCACACCACCGAGGCCGCCUACGACGAGCUGACCUCAUGCAGGACGAUGGCCAUUCUGCAACUUGUCAGCAAUCUCCAAAACAUGAGACGUUUAUUCGCCAAACGCGCCGACAAUGAGACACUGCAAUCCAGUGUUUCGGAGGUUGUGUUUCCCGUGUUUGCUCAUAUCUGUGGCGACAUGGCGGGUCACAUCAACAGCUAUGGGCUCUCUUGCAGUGUUGAGUUGGCUGGAUUUUGCCAGGAGAUAAGGAGGAGCGUUCAAGGCUAUCCAAAUGCUUCACUGGACACUAUCAGUACAAGUGAAAAUGGUACUUCUGCUUUUACCUUGGUCAUCGGAAGACUUCUUGACAUCUGGGGCACUGUAGAAGACACUUUAGUCAAAGUCAAAAAGAGUUCCAAAUGGAGAGAUGUGCUGUCUGCGAGACUUCUGGUCACAUUCAUCGAGCUCAACCACCAGUUGAUGGACUUUCCCCACGUCGCAGAUUACGCUGACUUCCAGCACAAGUGGACUUACACACUGAGCUACCUCGGCUUUGCCAAGGUUAUGACGGAACAACUGAAUGACUGCUGGCUGGAGAACAUAGAGCUCAAGUUGAACUCGAGCCAUCGGGUAAAACGUUCGUAUGUUUUUGACACACGUCUGUGGCAGAUCUCUGGGGCAGGGGGAGUGCUUCUGUCCGGGUCUCACGCUGGAAUUCAAGCUCUGACAAACACCCAGCAGUGCUUGUUCGACAGUGCGGUGCCGGCCCUCAGGUUGGCGUCUCGAUCGGUGUCGUCGGGCCUCAGCAUGAGGAUCUGCCUGCUGGCCAUAGCCUGCCUCAUCUACCCGGUGGUUAUGUACUCGUUCAAGCAGAUGACCGAGUGGAUACAGAACUACGCCCAGAGCUUGAAGGAGAAGACCGAGGACCUGAAGCGCCAAAGGCAGCUGGCCGAAGACCUGCUGCAUCAAAUGUUGCCCAAGUCAGUCGCCAAGCAGCUCAGCCAACAGAAACACGUGGAGGCUGAGAGCUAUGAAAAGGUGACCAUAUUUUUCUCGGACAUUGUGGGCUUCACUUCUAUCUCUGCGUCCUGCACUCCUCUGCAAGUGGUGGAGAUGCUCAACAACCUCUACUUGUGUUUUGACACGCGCAUUGACUCCUAUAAUGUCUACAAGGUGGAGACGAUUGGGGAUGCGUACAUGGUGGUGAGCGGUCUUCCUGAGCGGAACGGCGACCGGCACGCGGAUGAGAUCGCCAAGAUGUCGCUGGAUCUGGUGGCCGCGGUGAGACAGGUGUGCAUCCCUCACAUGCCCAACCAGAGGCUGGAACUCCGGGCAGGCAUCCACACAGGUCCAUGUGUGGCAGGAAUCGUGGGCUCCAAGAUGCCGAGAUACUGUCUGUUUGGAGAUACUGUCAACACGGCCUCCAGAAUGGAGUCCACCAGCCUGCCUCAGAGAAUCCACGCCAGCUCAGAGACCUACUUGGCCCUGAUCAAAGACAAUGCCUACGAGCUGCAGCUCCGUGGAGAGAUUGAAGUUAAGGGUAAAGGGAAAAUGAACACAUACUGGCUAAUGGGCCAUAAGAACUACAGUGUGCAGAACGACAGUCUGGUAUGCCACUGGAAUCCCAACAUGGCCAGAAAGAAGAAGACAGCGGCGGGCAGCGAGGUGUCUGUGGGCACUGUGAGUUGAACUGCUCUGGUUUUCCAAAUGUCUUGUAGCCUGUUAGAACAUUUGUUCUUGUCGUGUUCCUGUUGUGCUCCAUGUUCGGACUUAAAAUUUCCUUUGUUUGCUUCCAUGCUUCAAAUAACCCUCUGUGUGUCUUAGGUUUACGCUUCUUGUACAAAGCCAAAAAUGCACUGAUUUAUGUUUUGGUUUCCUUUAUACUCAUACUUAUAUAAUCAACUUUUUUCUCAACACUAAAUACUUUAAACCAUUUCACCUUCUCUGUUAUAUUAUAGAUAUCCAUAAGUAUCUUGAUUUCUAUUGUAUUAUGUAUUUCUUUAAAUUCUCCAUUUUGAAAUGUUCAUAUUUACAGUGUUUGUGUUGUGACUUGUAUUGGGGGUAUAUUUAUUUAUGUAUUUAUGUGCCAUGUUAACUUCAUAUUGGUGUCACUGUAAUUACCAGUUUUGUUUUUGUAAAUGGGGUUCAAAUCAUGUUGUAAUGAAAUAUGUCUGCCACUCAGCCCUAAUCUGUCACUCAAGGUAAAUAAAUACAAUGGCUAUA